UUUACUUCCCCGACGCGGCUGGUUGGCGUUCUCCCCGUUUUGGAAUUGCGGCAACCGAUUCGCCUCUUUUUUACACGCUUUUUGCGUUCAAAUUCCUGUGAUCUUGUUCGAUUCCGUGUGCCUUCGGUAUUCCUCCCUUCUAAAUUGGAACGGCUCCAUUUUGAUACCCCGCUCCGCGAAUAUCGGCCUGAAUUCAUCUUUUGAUUGCUGAUUCGACAUGCAGCCUCAAUCUGAUUUGUCUCCCCUUGAUCCGGGACUCGAUCUAUCUUCUGUUCGAUUAAAGGACUUUGCUCAACUCGGGCAGGAACAGAACGAUACAUCAGGUGCAAGUACAAGAAGGCAUCUUUCCACAGCGAGUCAGAACAGACCUACUACAAGAGACCUUCUUCGUCCAUCCUCUCCUCAAUCUAAUCCACCACGCUUUCGACUUGCCAGAACUGUGACGAAUAAAUUGUUUCGUCGAAACAGUCAUCAAAGUGAAGACCUUGGUUUAAAAAGGUCUAGAUCAAAUCCUAACGGCCAAAUUCCAGCGUACGUCCGAACGGCUCAAUCUGGACCUAACAGGACAUUCUCGGAAUCAAAUCACUUUGUUCCUCGACAAACAUCAUCUCAGCAGCAGUGGUUCAACCAUUUUGGCUCUGAAGCGGAUCUUGAAACGCCACGAGCACUUGCAACUCCAAGAGCAAAUGUACAGUCUCGUUGGCCAACCUCGUAUCCAUAUUUUCAUUCUCAGCCAAACGAUACCGUUCGACCAACAAACACUGGAAAUUUGAUUGACGGUGAUCGUCCAUACAUAAGUGAAGCAACAAGCACAACCUCUUUUCCUCGUACGGAUUCAAGCUUUGCUCAUUCCAGAAACGACUUUGGCGGAUCUGACAGCCUUCAACACUUGGAACACCUUUUUCAAUCUGAAGAUAGACCGACCGGACCGGAUUAUUUCUCCAUUCCUACAGAUAGUGAAUCUGGCAGAGCAAGGGAUUCCAGAGAUCAUCUCAGUCAAGAUUCAUCAAAGAAUAGUAUAAACUCUCGCGAUACGCUCAGUAGUAACUCGCCUGAUCGUAAUAACCGACCGAUUCCGACUUUCGCCCGAGAUUCAAGCAGAUUAUCACCAGAAGACGUUCUUCAAUCACAAUUUGUUGGGCAGGGUGAAGUGAACACACGCGAAAGUUACAAAAGAAGUCGAUCUCUCAACGACCUUCGUACUAAUUACAAAAGUACCGCAUCAGGCCCAAAAGAAUCUCGUCAUCCUUACGCUGUUCUGAGCUCAUCACAACUUCGAAGGAUCAACAGUGAUACUACACAUCGAUCUCGCCAGCGUGUUAAACCAGACAUUGCCUUUUUCGGUGACAAAGUAGAACCUCUGGUCUUGCGUUUAUCAGCAUUUGAAGCGAAUCGUCUGGUUGGACUCAUCACAUCAGCCAGCAAUUCAAACCAAAGUGCUGGAGAAGAAGCGCAAAGGGAAGAGCCUAUUGUGAGUUUCUCAAUCCUGAAACCACUUUCAACAACAACACCAACAAAAGAUCCCGACAUGGCAAUCGGAGAAAAGAGCGGCAACGGUAUCUCUACCGGCGGCGGCUGGAGAAGCAGAUUUGGUGGUGGAAGUACGCUCACUAAACAGCGUCAAGCAAAUGGUUCUCAAAAUGACGAAGGAUCGAAGGAGGGCAACCUUUUAAAUCGAUUCAUGUUGGACAAGAAACCAAGCGCAGAGAAUUUGCGAAUGCAAUCUAGCGCAUCUGGAUCACGCAAUGAAAUGGCCCAUAUUGAAUCGCAAGAGAACCAAGUAGAACGGGAAAUGGCUGCUCAACAUAUUGCCAGACAACAAAGAACAGCAAAUGAUGCACGAUUGGCAAACAUGAUUCCGCUUUUGGAUGGUAUUACACCACAAGCUACCGCACAUCCAUCAGGCCUUCCAACUUCUUCGCCGCACUAUCGAAUUGAUGAAUAUCGUAAAGCAACAAAAACUGCUCCCGUUCAGACAAAAAGCAAAGCUGAUCGUAUGAUGGGCGGACAGGUGAGCAAUGACGAAAAGCACUCGCUCAACACCGACACACAGUACGAGACUCGAUCUCGUUCGAAUUCCGACGUAGGCCCUGAAGAAGUGACGUGUCCAGUUUGUUUGGAGUUGCUUUCUUUCCGCUUGGCAGGCGAAAAGGCACAUGUCGUUCCUCUAUGUGGACAUGCUCUCCAUCAUGCUUGCUUCACUGCUGUGUAUGGAUCUGUUGAAUCCGUCCUCAAAGCCCAAUCGUCAAAAGGCAAUAAGCAUAGUCCACCUGGAAUGUGCGGUGUUUGCAGAAGAUUAAUCGUAUUGGGAGAAGAUCGCGGCGAUCACAGAAGAGUCGGCAAAGCUGCUGGAAUGAUGGGAGUCGGAAGUGUUGAUUCAAAUUCCAUUCAUAGCGAACAUGAUCGUUCUAUUGUAUCGACGAAUGUUUCAGAUGAUCCUUUAGAAGUCAAUGGCCUUCAAUCGAGCAAUAGAGCAGACGUUGCUCAUCAUUCAUUGGAUAUUUCAAGGCACAAUGUUGGUGCAAUCGAUGAAGGCAGAAAUGUCCAUCGUAAUCGUUUCAUGCUUUUGCCUUCCGUCAAAGUUCGACCUGAAUUUGAGACCGUUUAUCGUAAAGAUCGAAAGGAGGGCGGAGGACGUCAAAAUCUGGUUUGCGUUGUUACUGUUGGUAUUCCGUCAAGGAGGCAAUCUGAACAGGUUGAUGAAGAUGAAUUGCACUAUAAGCACAAAUCGGAACAAUUCCGUCCUGACUUGAAAAGUUCACGGACUGACAAAGGCAAGUCCAGAAUGCUUGACAAUCGUGAUAGCUAUAGCGAUUUAAAUGAAGAUCUUGAGCAAACACAAAACGGCUAUGAUGACGAAGAUGAUGAUGAUCCAAAGAAUUCGUUCAACAAAUUUGUCAAGAAUUCGCAUCUUCAUAUGCUUGUGCCAAACAGUGCAAACUCUUCUCGUGAACAGCAAGAUCUUCCAGAGCAAGACGCUCAAGGCGAGGCAGAAGAGGAACAAGAAGAUGAAGACGAAGGCUUCUCGUUCAGUGCGACACCGGCUGCUCAGCAUCAUGAAUUGGACAGUGUGGUUGAAGAUCUUCGCAAUAGGAUUAUCGACUGGAAAGGACAUAGUGUUGAACGAUUUGGAGCUUUGUCCUUGUACAACUUCUUGGGUGUUCGUCAAGAUUCAAUCAUUCGUAACUUUUACGUAUACCUGUUCAGAGAUGCUCUCUUGUGCGUCAACGAGGAAAAGAAGAAGGAGAAAGGGCUUGCAAGACUUAUCUAUGCAGAUCGAUCGGAUGACUCUGGCUCACCACUCGGUUCCAUAAAUCGUAAAAGUCGUGCUCCACUGAAGCUCAAGGGUCGCAUCUGGCUCAGACACAUCAAAAGCUGUCAAAAUACGGAGAUUGACAAUAUGCCUUGUUUGAGCAUUCGGUUGGAUGAUGAUGCUUUGGAUAACUUUAUCCUCAGUUUCAAAGAUCGUGCUUUACGUGAAAAGUGGCGUGUCAAGUUGAAUGAACUUUUGGCGGAGAAUCAAUCUCGAACCAAAAAGACGGAAGUGUUGAAUGUUCGAAAUCAAAACACGAACGGAGGACAAAAUCAAGGCAAGAGCAGAAAGUCACCCGAGUCGCCUGCUCUUCAAUCUGCACAAGGGGAUGCAUCUUUAUCGAGUAUGGCUACUCGUAAUACUUCGAAUGACGUCUCCCUUGCUUCUUCACAUACAAGUGCACAAUCACAAUCUCCCCAUACGGAUCGCCAUUUCAGUCCCCAUCAAAACAACAACAUGCAAUCAAUGUUGACAGGAAUGCCAAGUCAUCAACAAUGGUCAGCUUCGGGAGGAUUGGAUCCGAACCGUUCUGUGCCGGAAUUGCUACCACAUACGCCUAUUGAUUUGGUUAUCAUGGUUUCUGUUCCAAGUGUUACCGGUCAACCCUCUGUCUCUUCGUCUACUCUGUCUUCUUCGGCUGCUCUCAAAGUACGCUUGAUUCGAUCCACUCUGGACUUUGUGAUCAAUAAUAUGGGACCAAGAGAUCGGAUUGCUAUCGUGGCUUAUCAUGUUGGCGUUGAAGGUGCAGUUCGAAGGACUGCUCUGCUCAACACGUCCAAAAAGAGCAGCGUUGAAAAGCUUGAACAGUUUGUUGAUUCGAUCGGCAAGCCAUGGGAAGGUCCAGGCACAGAUCCAUUCAAGGAAGACAUUGAACGCUUGGGUGGCAACAGUGAUCGAACAGAUACAGUGACAGCAGUCAAUGUUGGUUUUGAUAUCAUUCUACAACGCAAGAGCAAGAAUCCCAUCACGGGAAUGUUGCUCAUCAAUGAUACGGCUGAUGCACCCAAACGCGGACAAAUGGACUUGGUGAUGGCAAGAGCGGAAGCAGCAAACGUGCCAGUUCAUUGUUUCGGAUUCGGUAAGAGUCACGAUCCAUCUUCACUUUGGCUCAUUUCCAAUCACACUCAUGGUUCCUACACGUUUGUACGUGAAUGGUAUCAAUUGCGAGAAUGUGUAGCAGGAUGCAUUGGGGCAUUGAUGUCGAUCGCUUUGACGGAUGUACGAUUGCACAUCUCUGUUCCGUCUGAUAAUCAUUUCCGAGUUCGUAAAGUGACCGGUAUCACUGGAUCAAUAAUCUCAACCAAUGGAAAAGAUGUCGAUCUCGAUUUGGGAGAGAUGCGAUUUGGUGAAUUGCGAGAAUUAUUCUUUGAAUUGGAAUUUGACUUUUCUGGAUAUGCGAUGCAAUACAAUCUCUCACAAAGGCAUCAAAAUGUUGCAAUUCAUCAUCCAUACGAAAAAGGUAGCGCAACAGAUGAUUUCAUGAUGCGUUUAGGAUUGAACGGAUUGAGUAUCACCGGUCAAGAUCGAGAGCAAUCCAAUCAUCAAAGCUCAACAAGCGAUGGAAACAGUCAAAAGAGUGGUGACUUUGACGGACACUUUGUGGAUGAGGUUGCAGUUUUGGAAGUUCAAUGUGGAUGCAGAGAUCCGAGCAUAGGAAUGGGUGCAAGUAGGUUACCCGAUCCCUGUGUUUUGACGAUCGAGAUUGAUUCUUCUACCAACGAUCCUUCUGCGGAUGGUAAUGGAGCAGGCGGAGCGGCGACAGCUUUGGCCGAUCCUGUAGUGACGAGAAGAAGGUUGGAGAUUCUGGUCUCUGAUAUGAUUACACGUUGCCUUUUGCUUGUCUCUAGACGCAAUCAAUCUCAAGCUUUAACAAUUCUCAUGGAAACACGCAAGAUUGUUGAUACUGUCUUGCAAGCAAUCCCCCUCACGGAUGGCAAUCUAGGUAAUGGGCAAACAAAAUCAUCAAUGUAUCCUAAACGCAGAUCCAGUCUAGGAUCUUCUUCCUUCUCUGCAAAGCCAUCGAAAGCCGCUCUUUUGGGCUCUCAGCCACGUAGCAGUCAUGCACGCAAACAAAGGGAAAGGUUACACAAACAAACAGCGGUCGCUUUGAUGGCUAUGCUGGAUGAUUUGGAUGUUUUGAUUGAUGGUUUAGAAACUGGAAAAGCACUGUCAUUUGAUCGAUCUGAACGUAAUUUUGGUGCACAACAAGCUAUGGUUUUGCGUGAUCAAAAAGCAUGGACAAGUAGAUCGGAUACCGAAUGGCAAUUUUUCAAAUUGGUCGAUAAUGGUUCUUCUUUUGCUGCUUUAGCGGCUCAAUUUGCUGCUGGUUAUGGUCAGUAAAGAACAGUGAUUUGCUCGUCGUGUCUUUAUUCUUUGUAGAUCUUUAUUUCAUAUUACGCUCUUUUGUGAUUUGUUGUUGUAUAUACCAUUAGCAUAUGCUCACAUGUC